AUCCUGUAGCAUGGCAGGUGAAGAAGGCUUCUUUCUGGAGGAGAAGAGAUUCAAGCAGUACUGUGAAGACUUUGUUAAACAUUCGCAGCAGAUAGGAGAUGGCUGGGAGUGGAGAACUAGCAAGGACCUUGGUGAUGGUUAUCUUAGUAAGACACACUUCCAAGUAAGAAAUAGACACAUCCCACCAGAUCUCAAGAAGAAAAACAGUGAUAACCUUGAACAAAUUUUAUUUGCACGUGUAGAAGAGCCCUUGGAUGACUCUCAGGCCGCUGGGGUCUGCAGCGCAGAAGAAGUGGUUCGCUAUGAGUACCACGUCCUGUACUCCAGCAGCUACCAAGUGCCCGUGCUGUAUUUCAGAGCCUGCUGUUUGGAUGGAAGACCUUUAACUCUGGAUGAAAUAUGGGGAAGUGUUCAUGCAUCCUACCAGGCUCGUCUGCAGGAGGGGCCCUGGGACACUAUUACACAGCAGGAGCACCCCAUCCUCGGGCAGCCUUUCUUUGUCCUGCACCCCUGUCGAACCAAGGAAUUCAUCUCUGCUGUGCUGAGUGGCUCACAGGAACACCACAGACACACAAAUUACAUCAUACUGUGGCUCAGUACUGUUGGUCCAGUUGUGGGCCUGAAUCUGCCUUUGAGUUAUGCAAAACUGGCACCUGAGCAGAGCACAAAUGCUGAUUUGGCUGAAAGAGCCCUGAGCUGAAGGCCUGGGAGUGGUUAGGCUGUGAUAAAGCUGCUGCAGACUUCCCUGGGGAUGAAGCUGAAGGAUCCUUCUGGCUGGUCAGCCAUGCCAAAAUGGAAAUGGUUGCUCGUGGCUCUUUCUCUGCCCAGGACUCACGGUGGGAAUUGGCUGCAGCUGUGGGAACAGCUCCCCAGCACCACCCAGACCUGACCUCCCUCGAAGUCACCCAUCUCCUGCCUCCUGUGCCCUCGGUGAGGCUGCACACAGAUGCACAAGCCAGAGCUGAGCUGCUGGGUCUACUGAACUUACCCCUAGAAAACCUGCACCAUCUGUGGGGCAGAAAAUGCCCUAUCAACACAGACAAAUGUCUCUGGGAUGUGGUGUGAGCUUAUGGCAGUCAGGGUAUGAAGGUCAUGAGUUUGAUCUUCACAUGGGUUGUUAAUGGGUUAACUGCUUGUCUUCAUUUUCUUCUGCCUUCACUCAGAGUCAGGUUUGAAAACAUGAAGUAGACAAAUUUGGCUUGG